GGGUAACCAUUUCAAUCAUGUCGGAAUCCUCCUUGGCAGUGGGCCUGUCCCUUGGCGCAGCGCUCCUUGCGACCCUGUUAUUCUUCACCGCGCGAAGGAAACUGGAUCCUCGCGAGCCACCCCUUGUCUCCAGCGCCAUCCCGAUAGUGGGCCACCUGGCGUUCUUUAUGUAUUAUGGCCUUGAGUACUUUGCCACUAUAAGCCGCAAAACCCGUUUGCCGGCCUUCACGAUGGACAUGCUUUCUGCCAAGGUCUACAUCAUCGCAUCUCCAGAGCUGGUCCCCGCAGUGCGACGCAGCCGGAGUGCCGUGUCCCUUGGUCCCAUAUUCGCAAAUGUGACGGAGCAUGCCGGAGGCAUUCGAGGUCGCGGGCUGCAGCUCUUGCGGGACAAGGAGUCUGGGGGCCAGGGAAUUGGGCAGCAAACCGCGGACUCAAUGCAUCCAGCACUUUUGGGCGAUGGACUGGACCAAAUGAACGGGAAAAUGGUUUCUCUUCUGCAGACGGUGAUCGAUACGUUGGCGUCGCGGCCAGGUGUGGUGUUAGAUCUCUAUGAGUGGUGCUGCCAUGCCGUUACAGUCGCCAGUACCGAGGCUGUAUACGGCCCAUUGAAUCCUUACCGUUUAGAAAGUAACCGGCGCGCUUUCUGGCAUAUCGAGUCUAACCUAAGUCUCUUAAUGAUGGAUAUCCUCCCCUGGAUUACUGCACGCAAAGCGUGGCAAGGCAGAGAGCAACUAACCCAAGAAUUUAUCCGGUACUACCAAGCGGGGGGUCACCUAGACUCUUCGCAAUUGGCAUACUCGCGAUGGAAGGUCCAGCAUGACGCGGGGGCGGCUAUGGAGGACAUUGCCCGCUUAGAGGCGCUCAACGCGCUCGGAAUCCUCUCUAAUACGGUUCCGACCUGCUUCUGGGUCUUGUUUGACAUCCUCUCGCGACCGGACCACCUCAACAUCAUCCGGAAUGAGAUUCUGACAGGUGCGCUGUCGGUGGACUCGGCGGGAAUUCACACCCUUGAUGUGGCAGAUAUCCGAGUGAACUGCCCAACCCUCGUCUCAACGCUCCAAGAGACUUUGCGCAUGCGGUCUAAUUCGGCACAGCUCCGCGUGGUUCGUCAGGAUAUAUUACUCGACGAUCGCCUUCUGGUCAAGGCAGGCUCCAUUAUUCUGAUGCCCGCGGCAACCAUCAACAAGCAUACUUCCGUGUGGGGGUCGAAUGCCGAUGCCUUUGACCCGCAGCGAUUCAAGGAGACUGACCAGGCGGAAAAGCGGCGAAGGGCAGCUGGAUUCCUGUCUUUUGGCACAUCCCCCCACAUUUGCCCGGGACGCCAUUUUGCAUCGGGGGAGAUCCUGGCGCUGGCUGCAAUGCUCCUCGUGCGAUUCGAUAUUCAGCCGGCCAAAGGAGCAUGGGUAGAACCCAAGGUUAACACGAAGGCUGUCGCCGCAUCGUUGGCUCCUGCCGCUGAGCGAGUUGAGGUGACAUGCUCUGAGAUACCCAAAUUUGCGGGCGUGGAAUGGAGAUUUCGGCUGACGCCGGGAAAAGGCACCUUCGGCUUGAUCACCGGAUAAGUAUCUGCCUGAAUUACUCUAGCUGCAAUAUGUAUAAUACGCUGGGAUCAGGGCGGGGCGUAGGCAAAAUUCCACAUCCAGUAUGCCAUGGUCAACUUGUCG